AUUGUGCGGCGCUACUUGUUGUUGCCUGUCUCAAGCAGCGUGAGUGUAUAAUCUUGCAGCCGGUCCGCUAGUCAGAAGCUCAGUCAUUCAAACAAACUAUGAAAGGGAAUACUUUGGAUUAGAUACGACUGAAAGAAAAAUAGGAGCAAAGACCAAGGGAUAGAGAAAAGGUCACGCUGACAGAGUUGAGGAUGAUGGCAGAAGGGCGUUUUGCCAGUCUGCCCAGGUCCCUCCAUGCACACCACGCCCUGGGAGGAGGCACUGUACACCAUGGAGUCCCCUCAAACUCCCUCGGCAGCACCACCUGCUCCUCCAGCGGGCUCCAGUCCUCCCUCGCCUCCUCCAUGGACCUCCUCAGCUCCAAACCGGGCUUCCCCACAGGCCAUGGCAGCGGCCUCUCAGAUCUGCCUGCUUCGGCCUACCAGCAAAUCUCCAUUCACGGGACUCUGCCUCGACGCAAGAGAGGCGGAGCAAACCUCCCCCAUGGAAACUACACCUGGAACACGUCACUGCCUCCCGGACACGCCCAUCAACCCCUGACCUCUCCACUGGUCCAACAUAUAAUCGACGACUUUCAUGGUUACAGGGAGCCUGCUGCCGGCCUGGAUGCCACGGUGGACUAUGUCAAGUUUUCCAGGGAUCAGUUCAUCGUGGACUGUCCUUCGGAGAAACUUCGCAGAGAGCUGGAGGAAGAACUAAAGAUGAACUGCGAGGAGCCGAGAAGUCAUGCAUGGUACCACGGAGCGAUACCCAGACAGGUUGCAGAAAACUUGGUUCAGCGUGACGGAGACUUUCUGAUGCGUGAUUCGCUGUCAAGCCCAGGAAGUAAUGUCCUCACCUGCCAGUGGCGAAAUUCUGCCCAGCACUUUAAAAUCAACAAGGAAGGUGGUAAGUUGAACGAAGCCUACUCCAGGGUGGGAGUACGGCUGGAGAGGGAGGGGUUCGACAACAUCCGCGCACUCAUAAUGAGAUAUGUUGGCAACAGGAAGUCUGUCUCCCAGGUGGUUGGAGCCAUUAUUUUCCAGCCAAUCAACAGAGCUCUGCCGCUGCGCUGUUUGGAGGAGAAGUACGGGUUGUCCAGCCAUCACCGAGAGACGAUCAUAUCGCAGGAGAAACGUAACCAGAAGCGCCUCAGCCUCAACAUCACCAACGGACACACACAGGACAAUGCACGCACCACGCAGGACAGCACACACUGCCGGGACAACUGCACGAGCCGAGGCAGCCAGCUCAGGUUGAAGGAUCGCUGUGGCAGCCAACCAGCGAGUCUCAAUCAGGUCCCAGAGAGGCGACGCCCACUGAAGGCACACCAAUCAGAAAGCUACCUGCCUCUCGGAUCCAAACCCCAGCCUCCUGACCUUCUGCUGCCGGGCCCCAACCCCAAGUCUCCAGUGUUUCGGACGGGCAGUGAGCCGGUGCUGAGCCCCUCAGUCCCACGGAGGUCUGCAGAGUUUCUGCCAGGCCAGGCUAUCCGGGGCUCAGACAGCCAGCUGUGUCCCAAACCUCCUCCAAAGCCCAGCAAGGUGUCCCUGGCCCGGCUGCCCCGCUCCCCCGCCCUGCAGCCUCUGGCGCCCCCCCCCCAUUCCUCCAGCCUCACAGACGCCCCCUCCACCUCCCCCAGGCUGGCUGCACCUUCCCUGGACUCCACAGGUGUGGAUACUCAUGGUUCUACAUGGAGGAGCGGAGCCACCACAGGCCCUCCUGUUCCUCCAGUGAAACCCCUGAAGUUCCUCCAACAGCUCCACCCUGCAGACUCCUACAGCUCCUCCAGUUCUCUCCUCUCCCCCGCUGAACAGUACUCAGAUUCAGAGACAAACGCAGGAUGGACUGAGCGCCUGCAGCCCAGUCCCGCAGAACCGAGGUCCUGCAGCCCACUACAGUGGGAGGAGCCAGACUCCAUGUCGGACCUCUACCUUCAGCCUCUGCCCUGCAGCUACGUGGAGAGACUGAGGAGAGAGGGAGAGGGCGGGAGGGAGGAGAAGGAGAAGGAUGCGGGAGGGAGGAGAGGGCUGGAUAGGAGCUCCUACCAUCACGCCAUCGCUGCUUUGGAAAACACUAGCGAGGAAGAGGAGGAGGACGCAGGGAGGAAGGUGGAGGAGGAAGAAAAGAGGAGCAGUUUCCAGCGGCCGGUGGAAGAGACGGAGUCCACGUUCCGGCCUUCGGAGUUCGGAUCUCGACUUUUGCCGGAGGAGAACAAACCGCUGGAGAUGGUGGUGCUGAAGAGAGCCAAGGAGCUGCUGCUCAGCCACAAUCACCACAGCAUCGCCAGACACCUGCUCAUGGCCGACUGCCAGGUUGCGAGGAUAGUCGGAGUGACUCCAGAGGUCAAAGGUCAGAUGGGCGUGUCCUCCGGUUUGGAGCUGGUGACGUUGCCGCACGGUCGACAGCUGCGGCUGGACCUGAUGGAAAGGCACCACACCAUGGCGAUAGGUGUUGCCGUGGAUAUUCUGGGAUGUACGGGUAGCGCAGAUGAGCGGGCCUCCACCUUAAAUCGCAUCAUCCUGGUCGCAGUGGAGCUGAAGGACACGGUGGGCGACCUGUUUGCUUUCACGGCCCUGAUGAAAGCUCUGGAUCUGCCACAGAUCAGCCGUUUGGAGGAAACAUGGACAACUCUACGAAGGAACUACACACAGACCGCCAUCAACUACGAGAAAAUACUCAAACCUUUUUACAAUAAUCUGUAUGAGGGCACAGCUUCCUCCCUUGCAGUGGUCUGCGUCCCCCUCCUGCUGCCCCUCCUCACUUUGAUGGAGCGCCCGUCAAUCACACCUGAGGGGGCGGAGCUCUGGGAGACCAGCGACCAGGGCUGUGACAUCAUGCUGCGCCACCUAGAGGCCGCACGCCAAGUGGCACACAACGCACACAGCUACACAGCCAACGCACACAAGUUAUUACAAGGAUUGACAUGGGAUGAAGACCUGUUGGAGGUGUUUAAAACGGACUUUCAGCUGCGGCUGCUGUGGGGGAGCCGUGGAGCUUCAGUUAACCAAUCAGAUCGCUACAACAAAUUCAACCUCAUCCUCACUGCGUUGUCACGGAAACUGGAGCCCCCGCCUAAAACACAAACAUUAAUCUGACUCCAACCUGAACAAAAACUCUGACAUCAAAUGCACUUUGGACUUCAGUCGAGCAUCAGGAGGACAGGAAACAAAGAGAAGAAGAGGAGAACUGUGACGAGGCAGGAAGUUGAUCAGCGAAUGAUGAAGAGGAUACACUUCAACAUCUUCAUACAGAGACUCAGCAGCCGAACCUCAUGUCAGAUGUUGAUUAGGCUCUUCAUUUGUUAAAUAUUUAACAAAAGUCUGUCGUUUUACUCUAGUUUAAAGGCUUCAAUUUCACUCAAUGACUCAUAGCUCUGACACCUCACAUUUUAAGAUACACAUGCAGGCAUAAUCUAAAACAUACCCGGAUCAAGAUCAUUACAUUUGAAUUACUCUAGCCAUUGCCAUGAUCAGGAGAUGCAGGCAGUAUCCAAAGUUCACUUAACCCUUAUGUUGUGUUCGGGUCUCCCGUGACCCGUUUCAAGUUAAAAUGAUAUAAUAACUACGCUCUUGUUUUUUGUAUCGGAACAAGGCUUCAUGAUAUCCUCCACAACAGCUAUAUAAACACUACGAAACUGAUUUUGACCAUUUUAGCCAAGUCUGAAGGUCUCUAAAAAAAAAGUGUAUAAUUUGGUGUUCGGGUCUGGGGAGACCCAGCAGAAUUGUUUUGGGUGACUCGAGGUCAAUUUGGCCCAAUCAAGAUUCAUCUUUGACUUUCGACACCCCAGCCCCGCCCCCUUCAUCCACUGUAACAAGAAUUGUUCGCAACAUGCACCUGGUCAACACUUUUGAACUCAACACAAGUUUUAAAUCCUUGGAACUUGAAUCCUUCAUGAAAUGGAAAGAUAUGCAGCUUUGUCACAGCUUAUCUAUAAAACAAUCUUUUUAAAGGGAGUUACUGAUUCCUGAGAACAGAGCAGACAAAAGGAGCUUAAACUGAGGCUUGUAAUGCUUUUUUCCUGAUAAGGCACUUGUUUUAUUUCUACUCUGACAUUCCAGUUAAUGGAGAACAUCAUUUUGCCACAUCAAACUACAAAUAGCUCAUCUUGUGACAAAUAUAUUCAGAAGAAAAUGUCAGGAUGUGUAUGCCCUCCUUAUUUAUUUAUGUGAAAGUAGUUUUAUAAAUGGAGGAAGGACAUUUCCCUACAAAGUGCACAUCUCUGUAUGUUGCUUAGAUAGAAAGAAAACAUGUAUUUGAGAGUUGCAAUGAGAUUUCUGGCUGUAAUGAUCUCUGUGACCUUUGAUAUAAAAUCACUGAAAACAAUGAUAUUAUAUAAUAACAUUAUAUAACAACAUUCACAUUAAUAUAAUAUUAAAAAAAGUUUUUUUUCACAAAUCAUUAGAUAUAUAAUAUUUCCAGGUGAAAAUAUUUUUCUUUCUGCAUAAACCUGAAAACUAAGUUAACAUGUGAGAGACUAAAGUUGUAUAUAAUUGAAAAAGUAGCAUGUUAAGAGACUGUACAUAUUUCCUGUAGAAGACUGACUGUAAAAAAAAAAUGUUCGAUGAUUUUAAUAUGUUUAUAUUACUAUGAAUUUAAGAAUGAAUAAAUAUGGUGUACAAUCUGCAUCUUUGUGGACA